AGGGGCGCGGCGGCAGCAGGCAGAGAGAGGGAAAGAGAGAGAGGGGAGACGUUCCCCAACCCACGCAUGUGCGCUGCGCCGCGCGCCUGACCGGCUCCAGUGCGCGUGCGCGGCCCCGCCCCCCCAAGGGCCAAGUUAAGGGGGCGCGAGCCGCCGCCGGGGGGGGGUCUCCGGCGCCCCCCCCCGCCCGCGGGCCUCCGAGGGCCCCCGGAUCGGCCCCGCCUCUGGCCGCAGCUGCUGCUCUCGCCGCCCCGUCCAGCUGCGCCGGCAGGGCAGGGCAGGCAGGAGCCCCUCGGCCAGCGCCAGCCCGUCCCCGCGCACGGGGCGCAGUUCGGAGGCGGCUGCCGGCGACGGCGCUCGUGUGCGGCCCUUCGCAAGAGACCCGCCGCGCCCCCCUCGGAGCGAAGUUGCCGUGACCCCUCCCCCGCCCAAGGCCACCCGCUGAGCCCAGGCCGGGAGUGGGAGUCGAACCAGCAGGCUGCCGCGGCCCAGCCCAGCCAGGCCCCCGCGGGCAGCUGCUAGCGAGGGCGCCCCCUCGGAGCAGGCCCUGCUGGUGUCAGCGGGUCACAUUUCCACGUAGUGAGUUUAAGGCUGGGGGGGUGUUGGCUGCGGUGCUGGGUCAGGCCGGCCCAUCCGCUCACACUUGGGUGGCUUCUCGGCCUUCCUCCUGCCCCGCCUCGGGCACUCCCUCCUCCAUCCCUUUUGCGGGCAAGAUGGACCACAGCCACUCCUGUAUUUGUCCAGCGGGGUUGCUCCAGAGUUGUUGCUCUUCCCAUUGUACAGGCAGGAGAAGGAGUGGCCUGAAGCCAUGUGGCAAGUGCCCACCUGGUCAGGCUCCAAGAAAAGACAUUGGCAGUGGGGUGUCCAGACACACCACUGCCUGGAGGCCGAGUUGCCUGCACUCCCCGAAGGCAUUAGCCAGUGCGGUUGAGUGUGGCCUGCUGGUUUCAGCAGCACAGACCUUGGUAUCACCUCCACGAAGUGGGGAGCCAAACGACAGUCCUCCUACCACAGGGUGGGAGGUGCAGCUCAGCCCCGUCUUUCAGGCAGGUGAAAAAUGAGGGCACCUGAGGCACGAGCACAGCAAAGGGGCAGGCCUAGAAAUGAAACUUCUGUGGGGGUAGGAGAUGACCCAGCAAGGUGAACAGAGGCGCUGAAGGUUGUGCUCUAUUCAGGAGGAGGUGAAAGUGAAGAUGAAGGAGCUGAACGAACACAUUGUGUGUUUCCUUUGCGCUGGCUACUUCAUCGAUGCCACCACCAUCACGGAAUGUCUGCACACCUUUUGCAAGAGCUGCAUCGUGAAGUACCUGCAGACCAGCAAGUACUGCCCCUUGUGCAGCACCAAGAUCCACGAGACCCAGCCGCUGCUCAACCUCAAGCUCGACCGGGUGAUGCAAGACAUCGUCUACAAGCUAGUACCUGGGCUGCAGGAGAGUGAGGAGAGGCGAAUCCGGGAGUUCUGCCAGUCCCGAGGCCUGGAGCGUGUCACCCAGCCCAGCAAUGAGGACCCUGUCUUCUUCGACCGCCUGGGGCUGCCGUGCACUGACUUCGACCACUCCCGGGCCCACUACUACCGCUUUGAUGAGCAGGUCUCGCUGUGCCUUGAGAAACAGGGCUCAGGAAAAGAGAAGAACCGACACGUCCUUCAGCACAAGUAUGUUCGCUGUUCAGUCCGGGCCCAGAUCCGCCACCUCCGCCGGGUUCUGUGUUGCCGUUUGGAGCUAGCCCUGCCACACGUGCACGUGCUCUUUGACAACGAGGUGCUCCCCGACCACAUGACGCUGAAGCAGAUUUGGCUCUCCCGCUGGUUUGGCAAGCCUGCCCCGUUGCUCCUGCACUACAGCGUGAAGGAGAAGAGGAGGUAGGGAGGGCCCAGGUGGAGUGGCCUCCGGACCAGACUUUAAUUUAAACCUCCCUUUGCUUCAAUAGGAAUUUAUUUUUGGAAUAAAAGAAUUGAAAACUA